AUGCCCAUCUACGAGGGUUACACCCUUCUCUCCGGCCACGCCAUCUUGUGUCUGGACCUGGCUGGCCGGGACCUUACAGACUACCUCAUGAAGAUCCUGACAGAGCGAGGCUACAGCUUCACCACGACAGCUGGGCGGGAGAUUGUGCCUGAUAUCAAGGAGAAGCUAUGCUAUGUUGCCCUGGACUUCGAGCAGGAAAUGGCCAGUGCUGCAUCCUCCUCCUCCUUGGAGAAGACCUAUGAGCUACGGGACGGACGGGUGAUCACCAUCAGCAGCGAGCGAUUCCGGUGUCCAGAGGCACCCUUCCACCCCAGCGGCAUCCCUGAGACCCCCUUCAACGCCAUCAUGAAGUGGGACAUGGACAUCUGCAAGGACCUGUAUGCCAACACAGUGCUGUCUGGCGGCACCACCGUGUACCCAGGGAUUGCUGACAGUAUGCAGAAGGAGAUCACUGCCCUAACAACCAGCACAAUGAAGAUCAAGAUCAUUGCUCCCCGUGAGCACAAGUACUCAGUUUGGAUUGGCAGCUCUAUCCUGGCCUCACUGUCCACCUUCCAGCAGAUGUGGAUCAGGAAGUAGGAAUAUGACAAGUCGGCCCCCUAGAUCGUCCACUGCAAAUGCUUCUAGAUGGACUGAGCAGGUGCCAGGCAUCUGCUGCAUGAGCUGAUUCUGAAGUAUCAAUUUGCCCUGGCAAAUGUACACCUCAUGCUGGCCUCAUGAAACUGGAAUAAGCCUUUGAAAUGAAUUCUGGCCUUGAAGCUUGUAUCUGAUAUCAACACUGGAUCUUAAGCCUUGUUGCUGAUUUUUGGCUUGAAUUCAAGUACAUAGCUUCCUUUAAGUCCUUAGGCCAUGUUCUAUUCAGUCAGCUGGUGGAUGAGGCCAGCACCCAGUGGAAGAGAAAUCCCCAGCCUGGUGGAUCUGUCAGCACAGUGCAGUGAUCUGUGCAGGGCACAUUGUAAAGGACAGAGCUGAUUGUUCCAGGUUUUCUCGAGACUGGCAAGGGUUCCUAAACCAGUUAGCACUUACCAGCCUAACCCGGUGGGAAAGUUCGAGCCUUAGGACCCAGUUUCCACUCUCAUGUUUCCCUCCUUACCCAGGGGUUGUUAGUUGCCUGGAGUUGGGAACAUUUGCAUUUACACCUGUAAAUUUAUUCAUCCUUAUAUGUAAGGUUUUAUUUUUUACUCACUUCUUUAAGAAAUGACAAAUUUUGGUUUUCUACUCUUCAGUGAGAACAUUAGGCCCCAGCAACACAGCCUUGUGUGUAAAGAAAAAUAAAGUGCUGCAGUACACUGAAAAAAAAAAGUCCUUUC